AUGGCAUCUGACAAAGUCGCCGAAGGCCAAGGCGACGGCACCGUUGAAAUGGUCGAGCUCAAGGGACAGCUGAACCAGAACCGUCUUGCGCCUGCCCAGGCCAUGUCCGAGGAAGAGUUCCUGGAUGCUGAAAAGAAACUCAAGCGCAAGCUGGAUAUUCGCCUCCUGGCCUGUGUUUGGCUCAUUUUUGUACUCAACUACUUAGAUCGGAACAACAUUGCUGCUGCCAAAGUCGCUGGCUUGGCAGACUCCCUCAACCUCACCGCUGCUCAAUAUGCCACCGCCGUGGCAAUUCUCUUUGUCGGAUACGUUCUGAUGCAAAUACCAUCCAACAUGUUCCUCGCACAGCUGCGUCCAUCCCUGUACCUGCCAGCGUGCAUGGCGCUCUGGGGCCUUCUGUCAACUCUGACAGGCAUCAUCCACAAUGCAGCUGGCUUGUACGCCAUUCGGUUCUUCCUGGGCUUUGUCGAAGCAGCCUUUUAUCCCGGUGCACUAUUCCUCAUCUCCUCCUGGUACAAGCGAUCGGAAAUGGGGCUUCGAAGCGCUAUUCUGUUCUCUGCUACUCAGCUAGGCAGUGCUUUUAGUGGUCUCAUCGGUGGAGGCAUCAAGAGUGGGCUUGAAGGCGCACGAGGAUUGGAAUCGUGGAGAUGGCUGUUCCUCAUUGAGGGUUCAAUCACCAUCUUCGUCGCCAUCUUCUCAUCCCUCUCGCUGCCUGACUGGCCUUCGACAACGCGGUGGCUCACCCCAACCGAACGCGCCGUUGCUGAAUGGAGACUGAUCCAAGACGCGGGACAGGUGGACGAAGAUGACGAGAACUGGACCUAUGGCUUCAAGUUGGCCUUUAAGGACUGGCGACUGUACAUCUUUGCCUUGAUGUUCUUCUGCCUGCAAGUUGCCGCUGCAACCUCCAACUUCUUCCCGUCCGUGGUUCAGACUUUGGGCUACAGCAAGACAGCGUCUUUGCUGUUGACGGCGCCCCCAUACUUCCUGGGGCUUAUCUUCUCCAUUGCGAACAACUGGUCGGCCGAUCGACUCCAGAACUCGUCCUUCCACGUCAUGUGGCCUCUGGCCCUCGCAAUCGUCGGUUUUGUCGUGGGCGCUGCUGCUCUGCAAACCGGACCACGAUACUUCGCCAUGAUGUUGAUGGUCGGUGGUGGUCAUGGAGCCAAUGCUGUUGUGCUGGCCUGGACGCAAAAGACGAUGCUCCGACCUAGGAUCAAGCGUGCUGCUGCCGUAGCCUUUGUCAACGCCUUUGGCAACAUUUCACAAGUCUGGACUUCAUACCUCUGGCCAGACUCUGACAAGCCUCGAUACGUGCUGGCCAUGUCGGUCAACUCUGGCUUUGCUCUUGGGACAAUACUUCUUGCUCUUGUCAUGCACAUCGUUUUGCAGCGCGCCAACAAGAAACUGGACUCGGGCGCCGAGGUGUCUGAAGUUAUGAAGGGAGAGUCUCACGCUCAAGUGGCGGGCAUGACGGAGGAGGAGCAGCAUGACAGCCGAGCAGCAUUCCGCUUUGUCACUUGA